AACCAAAAACCAAAAAGAAAAAGGGAAAGAAACGAGUUGAAGAGACUGUUGAAGUUGUUAAGAAAACAAGCAGUGAGGCUUUCCAGUGGUCUGAAGACUCUUUACCACUUGAAGAGCAAGUUGCAAAAGUAGAAGAAGAACAGGUUGCAGAAAAGAAAAGGGGUAAAGGAAAGAAAGGCAAGAAAGAAAAAGAAGAAUUACCUGCCUUUGAAAAGCCAAACAACUGGAAAAAGAUGAAUAAAAAGGAAAGAGAAGUUUGGCUGCAGCAGAGAAUAGAAGAAUGGAAGGCGGAAAAAGAAGCGGAAAAACAAGCAAUUCUGGCCGGUGCGAAAGAGAAAAGAGCAACCCUGGCUCGUGAACGUGCUGAGUUGAUGGCAAAGGAUAAUGCAGAACAAGAAAUCAGGAGAGAUAUACUGGCAAAGACAGUUAAUCUUUUUCAAAAAUUUGAAAAGCAAAAAUUUGAAUAUAAUAGAAAAAAGCAACUCGAAUCUGAGUGGCAACAAUACCUACGCUGUGAUGGACUCCCAGAUCCUCGUGUGGUGACUCAGAUGAAUACAUAUAUACACCUGUGGAGGGAAAACGAGACGUGUGAUGAUAAUGAGCUCAACAAAAGAUGUCAAGAAGUUUUGCCGAUGCUGGAAAUGCUGGAGGAAUUUGUUGCCAAUUCGCGACAGUAUACAGCACUUCAGGCGAAAAGUUACAAUGAGGUUCGCAUCGCCCUGCGUGAGCAGCUGUCCAAUGCUAUUCAACUAGCAUCGUUCACCGUUCUCCGAGACCUGGAAAAACGUUUCCAAUGGGAUUCUAUUAAGCUGGCUCGUUAUCAUAGGGAGUUUAAUGGGCUGCGGCUCAAUUUGUGGGUUGCUGUUCCAUUGCCGACCAGGAAACCUAAACCCGUUGAACCAGAAAGGGAACCAGUCGAGUUAUCCUUCCCAUCAAUGAAGGUAGCUGUCAAACUACCAAAGAUCAUAGAUGGUUCAUCUGUAUGCGUACGCGCAGCACGCUCUAUGAUUGAUUUGCUAAGCGAGAGUUCUAGAAGUUUCGCAUUAGCCGGCGACAUGCCCAACAGAUAUGAAGAUCUAUUCAUAUUCAACGUAAAAGAGCAUAUAGCGACAUAUAAACUAAAGAAAGAACAAGACGAAAUACGUACGAAAUUCUACAAGGAGAUACGCGAUAAAAUUAAAGAGGUUGAAGCGUUUUUAAAGGCAAAUCCGUACACUAAAAAUGAAAAGGAGAAGGAUGAACUAGACAAUUUGAAUAUGGCUGAGCCUCCAUUUUUACCUGAUCCGAGGACAUUUAUAGCUGAAGAGAACGAGCGUGCUUUUGCGAAGUAUUUGAAGACUUGCAUGACAAGAACGAGAUCUGGUGAAAUUAAUCUACGCAAGUACAGGAUUUGCAGUGGAGUUUUAAACCUAGACUUACUGGUCACACCGCCGCAACCGAAAAAAAUCAGCGGAGGAAUAUUCUUGACAACGUUACAAAUACCGAAACGGUUACAACCAAUGAAGUAUCAAGUACAAUACAGGGCGCCAUCGCCUCCGCCUCCAGGGGUCACCAGAACUCCAGAGGAAAUCGAAGCUGAACUCAAGAAGGUUGAGGCUCAAUAUGAGAAGCUCGCUCUAGUUUGUAUCGAUCUGCCCCAAGACGUCAUGUGGACGGAACCGCCUGUGAUAUGCCAGUGGCAGGAGACCAGAAAUCUUUGGACCAGCAACUACGUAAACGAUUACAAGUUUAACGAGGAUAAACUCACCGUGCAGUUCAGGACUGGCGUUCUUUGGCCAAUCGGUAUAGCAGCUCUCAGAUAUGGCAAUAUGCCAUAUCAAGGAUGGGAUAUAAGACCAGAUCCAAACAGUAAAGGCGUUAUUAUUACGGUGACUGGAGUUUGUCUGACUGUGACUUGGAUUUGCGUCGCAAAUACUGUUAAGUUGAAAUGGAUUGCCAAUGCCACGACGUCGGCUCUGAAACAACACUUCGAUAAGCCGUACAGCGUGAAGAGAAUGGUGCAGAUUAUGCGUGAAGCAGCCUGCGACAUGUUCCCAGACUUCGAUGCUCACAACCACAUAGAAGGCACGAGCCCCAAGGAAUGGGUUAUGGAGAGACACCUGUACCACGCGAUGGCGUUUUUAUCAAGAGCGUAUCAAUUUCAGUGGAGUCGAUGGAACAUCGCAUCCGGCAGUCGUAAUAUAAUAUUACAAUUAAGGGAAUCGGUUGAUACGAAACGUGAGGCUAAAUUUCAACUUUUGCACGUAACACCGCAGCGCGCGACGAUACUCAAAUGCAUAGAGCUAUCACAAGAAUUUGAUACAGAACCCGCCGUUGGUUUGCAGUUCUACCCAGACCUGUUCACUCUGAACAUGUCCUACGGUUCCGUUGACGCGAGACGGGCGACAUUCAACAUGAAGUACAGGCUGGUAGAAACGGUUUUCGAUUUGUUACAAGAAUUGAAACUGUGCAGUUAUUCAUAA